UUAAAAUUAUUACAGUAUAUAUAUAUAUAAACAAGGGUUAAAUGAUAAAAAUGGGUUUUUGUGGAACUUAUAUUCAGAUAGCGUGUUUCAAUUUUAAACUCAAAAUCUAAUGAAAACAAGGUUGGUAAUGGUCGGUAAAACAGGUAAUAAGAAUAUGAUUGUGUCAAAAAAAAAGAAAUGUGAGGUUAUCUUUGUAAAUAACUAACGAAUAAAGAAAACAAAAAUGAAGAUAAAAACGUCGGUGUUAGAGCAUUACAAACAAAUCAAGUUUAUGAUAGAAAAUUGUUUAUAUAACCUCAUAUAAGGAAUGGAUAAAAACUAUGAGAUAUUUCCUGGUGAAAUCAUAGAAGACGAAACGUUUAAUGUAACGUUUAAAACGUUUAAGGUAAUAGGAAAUAAUUAUUAAAGAAGUUUUUCGCUCUAAAUGUUGAUAACUUUAAGUCAAAGACCUUAAAAUGAUGUUUAAUGCAGCAAUACAUAGGAGGAGUUAACAUAAAGAGCCAAAUUAAUGGAGUACACAAACAAGACUUUAAUGUCCAUGAGUUUCAUGGAAAUAAAGUCAUAAAUGGACAUAAUGGAGGACAUCUUAAUAAUUAUGUUACAUAACACCAUCUAUUGCUAAAUAGAACCUCCUUUUUAUUAAAUUGGUCAUUUAAUAGAGUAUUUCAACCAUUAACAACCCAUUUAUUACAAUACCCAUUAAUAUUUCCCAUCAAAAAAUGAUUCAUUUCAAGAAUUUUAGUGUAUCAAGAAAUAUGUAUCAAGAAAUACCUUUAAGAAAUGAUUUUAAGUAUUUAUUAGUAUGUUUCAAAAUUGGAAGCACUUUUGGAGUUGGUCCAUUUUACAAUAAAAUCAAAAAUACCGUUGAAAAACCGUCAAAAAAACGGAAAUUAAUAAUUCUCAUCGUUUUAACGACAUUUUUGAUAUCUUACAGCUUAGUUUAUCAAAUUAGGAUGAAGAGUUUUGAAUUUUCUUCGCCAACCAGCAUCGUUGUUUUUACUUUAAGCACGAUUUUAAUGAUAACCGUUUAUGUAACUAUUCUAAUUUCAAUGAAUUUUACGAAAAAAUCGCUUAAAUUAACUCGAUUAUUAAACAUAAUCAUAAAAAUUGAUAAGAAAUUUUUAAAUUAUAACGAUUUUUAUAAAGAAAAGAAAUUUUUGUGGUAUUCAAUUAAAUUGGGGGUUAUUUAUUUAAUGAUAUUCCUGCAAUUUUUUUUAUCUCUUUUGGAAUAUUUCCAAUUACCUUUGGAAAUAAUCAAAAGAGGAUAUUUUCUCGAAAUGGUCCAAAAAUUAAUGAUCCAAUCGACAUUGAUGUGUAUUGGGGCUACAAUAAGAUGUGUUACGAACAGAUUUGAAGUGUUAAAUAGGAUUUUAGCGAAAAGAUUUUUUAAUUUAAACCAUUCCAAUAUCACAAAUCAAGAUAAUUUCGAAUUAGAUGAGUUAUUACGCGUUUUUCAAUGUCUUAUUCAAGAAAUGGAAGAAAUCAAUGAAGUUUAUGGGCUAAUUUUAUUCUUUGAAACUCUAAAUACGGUCGCAACAAAUCUUUUAUUCUUACUUAACUUUUUAUACAACCAAAGUAUACGCUAUAUUUUCACGAGACUUUGGUGGUUUGUAACAAAUAUGACGUACAGUUCAUUAAUAGCUUCAGCAGCGACCUCAUCGAAUAGAGAAAUACAAAAAACACCAUCAAUCUCUUAUAAAUUGAUGCUAAAAUUGGAAAGAACACAAGAGGAUUUUAAUUCAAAGAAGUUUAGAGGAAAUUUAAGGAGUUUUAUUAAACAAUCUAAAUUGGGGAUGGAUUGUUAUAACGCUGGAGGAUUCUUUGAGAUCGAUUUUACCUGGUUUUUAAAAAUAGCCGAUCUUACAAGCACAUAUUUUUUAAUUAUUAUGUCUUUUUGUGUUUUUGGAUGUGAACAAAAUUAGCGCCAUCUAGUAGAAAUUAAUUAUAACAAUUAAAUUAUAAAAAUAA